UGGCUGUUUCGAUGGUGACGCGUGCCACAGCGGCUGUGAAAGUGGCGGCGAUUUGUGGAUCGCUUCGGAAAGGAUCGUACAACAGAGGGCUCAUUCGAUCUGCGAUCGAGUUAAGCAAGGAAGCCGUUGAAGGCGUUGAAAUCGAAGAAGUUGAGAUUGCUUCUCUGCCGAUGCUUAACACCGAUCUUGAAAAACAGGGGACAUUCCCCGCCGAAGUCGAAGCUUUCCGCCGGAAAAUUCUCAAAGCCGAUAGCGUUCUGUUCGCUUCUCCGGAGUAUAAUUUCUCUGUCACAGCACCUUUGAAGAACGCAAUAGACUGGGCAUCAAGGUCACCCAAUAUGUGGGGAGGUAAAGCAGCGGCCAUUGUAAGUGCAGGAGGGCAGCUCGGAGGAGCAACAGCACAGUAUCAUCUUCGCCAAAUAGGAAUAUGCAUUGAUCUUCACUUCAUCAACAAGCCUUUCUUCUUCCUCAAUGCCUUUCAGCCUCCUCCCAAGUUCAAUUCUGAGAAUGGGGACUUAAUUGAUGAGGAUGCCAAGCUCAGAUUGAAAGAUAUCCUUCUCUCCUUGAAAUCUUUCUCCCUCCAACUUCAUCAAAACAAGUGAUGAAUUCGACUUAAAUUCACCAAAUAGUUUGAGUUUAUCCUUCAUUACCUAUUCAUUUCUUUAGUUAAACUACAUUAUAUUGCUUGUUAUAUAUUCCAUAUUUUAGAUUAAUCGUUGUUUAUUUA